UAACCAUGUAUGUGUCUCCCAAUCCUUAUCGCUCUUACCUCAUGCCGAUUCUUUGCCGAUUCCACCCAUAGCCCGGGCUACUUCUACAUUGCAAACUGAAAGCCUGCCAAGCUUUCCAAGUUUACCAGCAGACAAUAAUUGCUUCUUCCAAUAGCCCUGAUAUUGCUAGAGAUCAUCGCUGUCUGAGAAGUUUAGCCCAUGACACGGUCAUGGAGUCAAGCUUGAGAGCAGUUCAGACUCGUUUCCCGCAAGAAGUGCCAAGACAAUACGGAAUUCGUUUCUGUAUUCUACUCCUAGUGGUUUUCGGUGCCAGAAGCGUCCACGGAGCAUCGACUAACAGCAAAAGCGGUGCUGCGAAAGGAGCCGGUUUCAGCGAAUGUGCAGGAUUGCCCAAGGCUCUCGCUGUCGCAUGUCGGUCAAUGGCAGGAGGGGGGCGGCGCCGCUUAGGUGACAGCAGCGGCUUGUUGGGCCUCGUGACCAACUCGACCAGCACCAGCAACACCAGCAGUAGCAGUAGCAGCGCGAGCGGUGGCACCAGCACCAAUGCUACCAGCAGUAGCACCACAAACAGCUCUAGUAUCAGCAGCAGCAACAGCACUGCGGGAUACAGUGUGGGCGGUCCCAUGCCUCCUUUUACUAUCCGCCUGGCGGGCGGUGGAAGCACCACCGGAACAGCGCGAUCGGGCUGGCUGCAGGUCUCUGCGGACGGGGGUCGUACAUGGGGCUCGGCCUGUGUUAAGCGGUUCGGAGCGAUGGAGGCGAACGUGGCUUGCAGGCAACUGGGCCUGGGGCAGCUCGGCAUGCCCCGUACGGCGCUGUCUAGUGGCUUCAUGUCAUCUGUCCCCCAGCCCUCUCUGAGUGAGAUGCCCACACUGCUAAACGUUCAGCACUGCGGCGGCUCUGAGACCAGCCUGUCGGACUGCGUACGAUUGCCCUGGGGCCACCAGGACUGCAUCAGCCCCUACGGCAUGGCGGGGGUGGUGUGCAUGCAGGCGACGGGGGGCAACAGCAGCAACAGCAACACCACGAGCAACACAACCAAUUCAGCAACGCCGACAGUUCGCCUGGUGGGCGGCAGCAGUCCCGCGUCCGGUCGAGUGGAGGUAUCCCUGGGAGAUGGCACGUGGGGCUCCGUCUGCGGGGCGGCAAGCACCGGCCUCUGGUCGAGCCUCCUGAACGCCUUUGCCGGCCAGCUGCUCAACGGCACCGGCAGCCUCCUCAGCCAGCUCCUCCUCAGCGCAACCUCCUCCAACCUAACCACCCAGCUUACCUCGACCACCAACACUUCAGUGCUUGUAAGUCGGCUGUUUAACGGAACCCUGAACAGCAACAUCAGCCUGCAGGCGGAGAGCGAGGGUCAGGGCGCAUGGGGCGCCCUGGCUGCUACCGUGGUGUGUCGGCAGCUGGGGUAUGCGACUGGGGUGCCUACCGUUGGCGGUAACGCCAGUGUGGGGGCUCCGGCGGUGGUGCUGUCGGGCCUGAUGUGCGCGGGCAAUGAGAGCUCGCUGCUCGAGUGCGGGAACGGCGGCUGGGGCGACGCGGGCGCGUGUGUGACGGCGGCAGGCCAGGUGGCGGGUGUGACGUGCAGCGGAGUUGCGUCACCCAGCCCGCUGCCGCCAGCCUCUCAAGCUCCGCCGCCUAGCCCCGUUCCACCUGCUCCAGCGCAAGUCCCUUCACCUUCACCUUCGUCUACACCCAGACCGUCACCGCCGCUACCACCGACUGUCACCGGUGUCGUGUAUGAGCCGCAGCCUCCCUCAAGCACACCCUCCUCCUCUUCAUCUCCCGCUCCUCCUUCAGUACUGCCGCCGAGCUCCCCGCAGCCCAGCACAUCCCCGCCCGCAAGCCCCUUUGUGGGACACCCCCUCCCCGAGCCCUCGCUACCGCCCCCAGCACCGCCGGCACCAUCGCAGUCACCAGACCUGCUGCCGACUCGCGCCCUGAUGGGAAGUCUGGCCGUUGGGGAUCUUCCACCCCUCCCCAGCCCCACUCAAGUACCGCCCUCGGAUUCCCCGCCGGAUCCCUCUCUGUGGUCUUCCUCUCCUGCUCCACCCUCCUACCCGUACUCUACCGCCAACAGCUACCCACCGCCACUCGUGCCAACACGUCCUCCCAGUGGCGGUCCACCGCCCUCGGCUCUGCCUCCGUCCUAUCCUGGCCCCGUAUUGCCUAGCCCCGUACCGCCUAGCCCCGUACCGCCUUCACCCAGUGUUGCCCAACUGCCGCCAACGGACGCGCAGCUUACAGUCAUGUCGCCUGAUUCGGCGGCUGCGGAUGUCACAACGGUCUUUGGCGUGGGCUUUGUGCGGAUCCGCACCUCUGGCGCCUCGGGAGCUCAAUGGAACUACCUUUGCGGCGACCCAUGGGCCGGUUGGGACUCUGCCGCCGCCAACGCCGCUUGCCGCCAGGCCGGCUACCCUGCGGGCGGUGAGGCCCUGCGCGUGUGGCGCAGUGGCGACCUGCCGCUCAUGCUGCUCGGGAAACUCAACUGCCAGGGAAGCGAGACCUCGCUGUCUGGCUGCGCCAUGACGGGGAACGUGUCAGGAAGGGUUGAGCUGUGGCACAUGGACGCACCUGCCUGGGAAACGGCGGGUGUAUGCAACAUGCUUGCCGCCGUGAGGUGCCGUGCAUACAGCACCCAGACAGUGGGACUGCGGGCUGCUUCCUCGCCGGCGCCAUCGGGCACUGCCACAACAUCAGCGGCAGCGACCGUCGUUAACGACACGGCUGUUGCUAGCACCGGUGUUUCCGUUGGUAUCAACGGGUCCACAACGACAACAACGAUCUUCACAGCGAGGUUGGAGGCUCUCGCCGGUAACGGUUACACGUACGGUGCCGUCUGUCGUGACAGCGGCUUUGACGACCGAGCUGCCGCCGUCGCCUGUCGCUCCAUGGGUUUCGCCGCCGGCGGGUCAGUGUAUGACAACGGUACGGCGGCACUCAGUCCGGACGUGUAUGCCGUACAAGGGGAUCGUAAGGUGGAUGCCCACGGCAGCUUUGUAGGUACCGCUGCGGCUGUGCGUUGCCGGGGCACCGAGAGCAGGCUGGAGCAGUGCGCGCUGUGGCGUGCGGAGACGUCGGUGGAUGCGACUCCCUGCCGCGCUGCUGCCUGGGUGGCGUGUGUGGUGGCGGCCACCAGCGCUUGAGUGGAAGAGCCCUCAUCUUGUGGGAACGGCGUGCAUGACGUGCAUGAAUGGGUGUUGUAGCAUUUGCUGUAGCGUCAACGAUGUGUUCGGUUGACUUGUCAAUUGAUUUUUUUAACACACUUGUGCUUUUGGUGUUCUUGGCUUAAUGUAUUGAUCCAUUGUAUAAUAGGCAGCAGGUGUGGCUAUUUCCUAUUUCCCAUUUCCCAGCGGCAGGCAGCAGGGGGGGGGGUAGUCAACUGAGCCGCAGCAGGGUGGAUGGUAGUUGCUGUGGCAGGCUGCUUAGCAGGUCUGCUGCUAGGGAGGUGGCCCCGGCAGCCGCUGCCGGACCGCUCACUGGGUAGCCAGCUAGCCACAUGAUCGCAGCUGGGCCGCAGAAACAGAACUAGGGGCCAUCAACCGGUAAUAGGUGGGGCCAUACAGGGGAUUAUUCCAUGGCUUGUGACUUACUCUGGCAUUCAUCAGCAGUGUCUAUUGUAGCACUUUCUCCUUUCCGUUUGUAUAUUUUCUUUAUAGUAGGUAAUCUGGGGUUUUGGAGAACCUUCCUCGAUUUCCCCUCUAGCCCCCUCUAAGAUCCUUUCCUAAUCGGCGUGGCCGCAUGCGUCGUUACGUCCAUUGCUAAUAAAGGCCUUAUCAAGCGGUAGUACUUAUUCUGCCCAUAUUCUUGUAGUGUAUUCUUUGCAGUAGGUUUGUAGGGUAUUCCCUACAAUCACAGGGAACACAGGGGACGCAGGUACCUCCUGCGCAGGAGUUACGGGAGACAUACUUUUUUGAGCCCUGGAGGGAGUAUGGCCUGCUGGGGUUAGGAACAACUACUUGGAUGCUAGGUUAGUUUCUUUGGUAUUUCCGGAUGACAGGAGUUCCGCUAUUUGAAUUUUUUGAGGGUUGUCCGUGCCUUUCAUCUUACAGGCUUAACAGCUUGGGCGUCACAUCAUGAAGCCUAGAUUUAUAUGAUGGCGCUGCGACGCGCAAUGGACUAAUUCCUGAAUUUUGGCAUGUACGGCGUGUAUGGCAUUUUUGAAGUUGCCAUGUACGACAGCAGUCGACAUUAUUUGGGGCGCUGCCCGGUAGCCCGGACUUCAUGCAUGCAGAGAGGCAAUGGGUUAUAGAAUGGCGGGGAGAGCAGCUUCGAUAGGUAAAAAGUAACUCAGGAUGUCGCUUCCUGACCGCCGGAGUCGUGUUAUGGAUAUGGGUCCCUUUCCCAGCGAUGACAGAUUCGAGCGGUCAGGCUUCCUGAGUCAACAGCUGUCAACUGACUGGCCGUGGAACUUGAGUGCGGCAUGCAACGAUGCAAGGUUUUAUACCACACCGGUCCCAUGGGACAAGGCGAC